AUGGGGAGCAAGAGACUAUCAUCUACGCCGCCUCGGGCAAGGGAAUGUCUCAUGCUACUCUUCGGCUUUUCAUCUCCAAUAAAUUUAAAUACCCAGGGCCUACAGCAACAGCUGACAAAUGAUAGAUUGGUGACUAGCUCUGGCGCUGACGAAGAACUUAAGAGACAUGAGCUCUCUCCAGGCGAUUUUGCUUUCAUUCCACCUUGGACUGAACACCAAGAAAUCAACGAUACUGAUGAAAAUGUUGUAUGGGUCCUUAUCCGGAGUGGCCCAGAGCCUGUGGUGGUCUACUUGACGGGCUGGGGAGGCGACGAGGCAAAGGCCGAUUCGAUCGAUUAA